AUGUGUGCAGAGAAGACAGAGUACGGCACCGAGAACGGACAAAAAACAGCCUCGACCCUGGCCCGGCGACUCGCUGCGGACAGCCGGGACCGGCACCCCCGCCCGGGGCGUAAAUCCAUCUCCACACACGCACGGAAUCCGGACAAACCUGUCUCGAGCGCGCAGGACGGAGGCGGGGAGGGCGGGCCGCGGACGGGGCGAGCCGGUCGGGCCCGCCUCCCUCCCUCAGGCCUCCGGGCCCAGCACCCCGACAGCUCCCAACGCCGGCCGAGGGCCCGCGACCGCCGGCGCAGCAGGUGCCUGCAAACGUGGACAGGUGCCCGGCCCCGCCCCCGUGUCCCAGAGCGGCCGCCGUCGCUACGGAGUCGAGAGCGCCGGAUUUAUCUGACAACGCAAGUGAGGGGGAUUAGUGCAUCGGUCCCUUCCUUGGAUGGGUUCCUGCUGGGCUUCAGCAGAGGUACAAGAGGUGGCCACGUUACUGAUCGGACCUGGGACUCUGAGCAAGCCGGGACGGGAAAGAGGCAUCCUUCGAUUACGAAAAACAUGGUCUCUGAUCACCCCAGAGAUCUCGCCUUUACAGGUGGAACUGAAGAUAAAUGGAUUAGCCAGGCAUGGAACCCGAAUGGAAAUGAGAAAGAGACCAGCCUCUCCGUCCCCAUGCAGGAUACUCUGAGCACAGAGGCUGGCGGCUGA